GAACUAUCAAACUGGAGUUGAGGGUGGCUGCGAGUCACACAUGGGUGCUAGGAACUGAACUCAGUCCCUUCGCUUGGUCUGCAGCAAGCACUCUAACCACUGAGCAGCCAUCUCUCCGGCCCUUUGAUUUAAAAGAACAGGCAGAAAAUGUUAGGAAUCAGUACUGUCACUCAGCCAGCAAUGACAACACUCACAUUUAACCAAUUAUGGAGGCUCACACUUGUUAAACCAGCAGCUGGGAAUUAGCAUGAGGAAGGUCACUGGUUUGAGGCUAGUCUGGGCUAUGUAGCAAGCUGCAGAUGUCUGAGCUAUACAGUGAACUCUCAAACAAGAAGCCCCCUCAUGUUCAUGAAGUAUUCUCAUGGACAUCCAGUGCCAUGAACUACGUACAGUUCUUGAUCUACAGACUCGAAAGCAGCCACAUAUCCAGCUCACACUCCAAGCAUGGUGUCACCAGUUCUGAUCCUCACACAACACAAAUGAAAGCAAUAAACUCAUAUUUUGGGAAACACCCAGCUGAGUUGCAGGGUAAUGCCUGUGGUUGUACAGUGCCCUACAACCACUUCUGGAGGUUGUACAACAGCCUGUCCUGUCUUAUGGUUGCUGGUCUUUUCUAAACAGUGGGUUGCAUGUCAGCCCACUGAGCUAGCCUCAGCCUCAUCCAUCGGGACGAUGCCAAAUACAGUGGUUAGAACUGAGAUUUUCAGAAGGACCAGAUCUGCAGCAGUUUGGGGAGACACAUUUGGAGCUAGUGGUUCAGGGAAGAUCAACUCCAUCCUUCAGGGUCCAUGACUUGUGUCUCAGGAGAGGCAGUUCUAGACUGAGACCUCCCACUUUAUUCAAAGGUAAGGCUACUGACCUGUGUAAGCUGGCCACAGCUCUGUGUGUGUGUGUGUGUGUGUGUGUGUGUUUUCAAGACAGGGUUUCUCUGUAUAGCCCUGGCUGUAGACCAGGCUGGCCUCGAACUCAGAAAUCCAUCUGCCUCUGCCUCCCAAGUGCUGGGAUUAAAGGCGUGCGCCACCACUGCCCAGCCUGGCCACAGCUCUUGAUCACGGAUGGCACAGAAGCCAGCCUGGUCCUGAACAGUCAGGGCGGCAGCAUUGAGCCUGAUGCGGAAGAAGCUGCAACUUUAACAGUGCGCAGGGAAGAGGGUUGGGGGGAUGGGCACCUUGGGACAGCAGCUGUGAACCAUCAACUUUGAAGUACCUAAAGAUACUUCAUAGUGUGGGCAGAGGGCUCAGCAUCCAACCCAGGGACGAACCAAGACUCCUGGGGGAGGCAGGGUGGAGUGGAGCACACGGACAGUGGGACAGGGGGCUCACACAAGAGCAGGAACUAAGGGAUUGCUGCCCUGCCUGCCUUCUCUGUCCUUGCCAACCGCCUACAUUGUUUGGACUUUGGGAGUCACAUGAAUGCAAAACCGGGUUCUCUCUGGGAAACUUAGCUCAUUAAGGCGUCUUCACCUGUAAAAGGAGAUCUAUCUCCCAAAAUGAAGCUGGAAUUUAAGAUAAGUGACUGAUUGCUUCUCAGCCUUUUGGCUAAGAUCAAGUAAGAGCAGUGACUGGCCUAGCCCUCUCCUGCUCUCAAGCUGGGGAAAGGUCCAACCCAACCCCAGCUCAUUUUACUUUGGAGGUACUCAAUCCUGACUCGUCUAGGAAAGUUUUCCAAAAGUAUAAAAAUUGGGGCGUAGACAUGAAGUAGCUCUGUAAUUCCAGCCCUUCAGAACAGGAUUUCCAUAGCUUCACGGGUAGCCAGCGUUACAGGGCAAGAUCUUGGUUUGGGUGGUGUACUGGCUAGUUUUGUGUCAACUUGACACAGGCUGGAGUUAUCACAGUGAAAGGAGUCAAUUGAGGAAAUGCCUCCAUGAGAUCCAGCUGUAAGGCAUUUUCUCAAUUAGUGACUAAGGGGUGAGGGCCCAUUGUGGGUGGUGCCAUACCUGGGCUUGGGUUCUAUAAGAAAACAAGCUGAGCAAGCCUCCAUGGCCUCUGCAUCAGCUCCUGCUUCCUGGCCUGCUUAGUCCCAGUCCUGACUUCCUUUCGUGAUGAACAGCAGUGUGUAUGUAGUGUAAGCUGAAUAAACCCUUUCCACCCCAACUUGCUUCUUGGUCAUGAUAUUUUGUCCAGGAAUAGAAACCCUAAGACAGGUGGUGUUUUUGUUUUGUUUUAAAAAAAGGUCGGUUGUUGUUGCACACACUUUUGGUCACAACACCUGGGAGGCAGAGGCCAGCAUGGUCUGCAAAGCGAGUCCCAGGACAGUCAAGGGUACACAGAGAAACUCUGUCUCAAAAAACAAAAACAAAAAGAACAUGGAAAAAGAAAAGAUCUGUGCCGAGGAUCCCUAUGUCCUUAUUGUGAAAAUCUUCCUGAAUUAGAAUACACAUAGGUAGGGCUGCCGUGACUUCACACCACGGAUCCACACCUAGGCAGCUCUCCCCUCACCCAAUACCCCUGUAACAUGACCACCCCUGUUGCGUUCGCGACAAUAAAAAGCAAGCCCUAACACCUAACUCGGCUCGGUGCACGUUGUGGAGAGGAGUUACCCAGUCUGAAAGAAGUUAGGUUGGUUCUAUUAAGGUGAAAACUGUCCCUUUGCAGUCUAGUAACAACGUGGAGGUGGGGGACAUCGGACAAGUCGCAUGGGUAGGCUAGCAGAGAGGGGUUGGGGACUGGGUCCCUCGCUCCUGUCAUAGCAGAGGUCUUUGCACACGGGCCUUGCGGCGUGCGCACCUGCUCUCACGGCCUCCUCGCCUGCCCCACCCCUGCCCGCUCGCCCCCAGGCUCGCCCCCGGGAAUCGCGUUCGUGCGGAGCAGCGCUCUGAGCCUGCGCGUUGCUGCCCGCCGCACAGCCGGCUUUCUGAAAGCCAGCCAUCUCCAAAGCCGAAGCACCGCACCACGGCCGCCGCUAGGGCCCGACUCUCGCGAGAGCUCCCUGGGCCACCCUUGCACCUUCCCCGACUCCACGGGGAAUUGGGAGGAAGUUCCGGAGAGCCGCGGCGCGCAAACGCGACACGCCAAUCUUGCGCCAGCGCGCCGCAAGUGCGCAGGCGCCGCCACACUGCUGCUCUUCCUCGUCCCUCUGCCCACAUCAGGCUGUCGGGUCCUAUGUCGCGCCGGGCCCUCCGGAGACUGAGGGGGGAACAGCGCGGCCAGGAACCCCUAGGGCCCGACGCCUUGAAGUUUGUCCUCCUUGAUGACGAUGACGCAGAGGAAGAGGGACCAAAACCGGGGCUGGGUGGCCGGCGCCCCGGGGGUGCAGGGAAGGAAGGAGUCCGUGUCAACAACCGGUUUGAGCUGAUAAACACGGAGGAUCUUGAGGAUGACCUUGUGGUAAAUGGGGAGAGAUCUGACUGUACCCUGCCGGACUCUGUGUCAUCAGGGAACAAAGGAAGGGCUAAACAUGGAAACGCAGAGACCAAGCAAGAUGGAGGGGCCACCAAAGCAGGGUCCUCGGAACAGUCUAAUGCAAGUGGCAAACUCCGAAAGAAGAAAAAGAAGCAGAAAAAUAAGAAAAGCUGCACAGGAGAAUCCUCGGAGAAUGGACUAGAAGACAUCGAUCGCAUCUUAGAGCGGAUUGAGGACAGCAGUGGGUUCAGCCACCCCGGCCCCCCUCCACUGAGCUCCAGGAAGCACGUCCUAUAUGUGGAGCACAGACACCUGAAUCCAGACACGGAACUGAAGAGGUAUUUUGGUGCUCGAGCGGUCCUGGGCGAGCAAAGGCCUCGACAGAGGCAGCGUGUGUAUCCCAAGUGUACAUGGCUGACGACCCCUAAGAGCACCUGGCCCCGGUACAGCAAACCAGGUCUAUCAAUGCGGCUGCUGGAGUCCAAGAAAGGCCUUUCUUUCUUUGCAUUUGACCAUAAUGAAGAAUACCAACAAGCACAGCACAAGUUCCUGGUGGCUGUGGAGUCCAUGGAGCCAAAUAACAUUGUGGUUCUGCUCCAGACAAGCCCCUAUCAUGUGGACUCCCUGCUGCAGCUCAGUGAUGCCUGCCGCUUUCAAGAGGAUCAAGAGAUGGCUCGAGACCUUAUAGAGAGAGCCCUGUACAGCAUGGAGUGUGCAUUCCACCCCUUGUUCAGUCUCACCAGUGGAACUUGCAGGCUGGAUUAUCGCAGACCUGAGAAUAGGAGCUUCUACCUGACCCUCUACAAGCAGAUGAGUUUCUUGGAGAAACGUGGAUGCCCACGUACUGCGCUGGAGUACUGCAAGCUCAUCCUGAGCCUUGAGCCAGAUGAGGACCCCCUGUGCAUGUUGCUGCUUAUUGACCACCUGGCCUUACGGGCCCGGAACUAUGAAUACCUGAUUCGCCUCUUCCAGGAAUGGGAGGCUCAUCGGAACCUGUCCCAGCUCCCAAAUUUUGCCUUCUCAGUUCCACUGGCCUAUUUCCUUCUGAGUCAGCAAACAGACUUACCUGAGCAUGAGCUCAGCUCUGCCAGGCAACAGGCUUCCCUCCUGAUACAGCAGGCACUCACCAUGUUCCCUGGAGUUCUUAUGCCACUGCUGGAGUAUUGCAGUGUGCGACCUGAUGCCACGGUCUCAAACCACCGCUUCUUUGGGCCGGAUGCUGAGAUCAGCCAGCCUCCCGCCUUGGGCCAGCUGGUGAGUCUGUACCUGGGGAGGUCACACUUUCUUUGGAAAGAACCCGCCAUUAUGAGCUGGCUAGAGGAAAAUGUCCAUGAGGUUCUGCAAGCGGUGGAUGCUGGAGACCCUGCUGUGGAGGCCUGUGAGAACAGGCGGAAAGUGUUGUACCAGCGUGCGCCCAGAAACAUCCACCGCCACGUGAUACUGUCUGAGAUCAAGGAGGCUGUUGCUGCCCUACCCUCGGAUGUGACCACACAGUCUGUGAUGGGGUUCGACCCUCUGCCUCCCCUGGACACCAUCUACUCUUACGUCAGACCAGAGAGGCUGAGUCCAGUCAGCCACGGAAACACAAUCGCCCUCUUCUUCCGGUCCUUGUUGCCAAAUUACACCACAGAGCUGUGUCUCAUUGUUCAGGGGGAGAGGCUGGAGGAAGGAGUGGCCGGGGGUCCGAACCGCAAUCAAGGCUUGAACAGGCUGAUGUUGGCCGUACGUGACAUGAUGGCCAACUUCCACUUCAACGACCUGGAGGUGCCUCGGGAGGACAAUCCUGAGGGCGAGGGGGACUGGGACUGAACUGUCCAGAUGCUGUGCCCAGAGCCGUGCAGUCACGUUCCCGAAUUCAUUUCUGGUUGGAGUUAACCAGUUCCGAGUAGAAAUGCUGACCAUGCCAUCACCCGUGUCUUUUGUUUUCCCUCUGAAGGGAGUGGGUUAUACUCUGGGUGAGCUUCCUCCAGUGUCCUCAGAAACAGUCCCAGAAGCAGUGCGCCCCACACUGGGUGCACCCUAUCAUGUGCCUCACACUUCAGCAUUUGUAACAUGGUGCAUAGAAGGGUUGUCCCAGGGUCUGCAGUACCAGGACCCUAUCUGCUCCUUGCUAGAGGCCCCUGAACCUUCCACACAUGCUACACCCAGCAUGUUUGCAACACUGAGGUCAAACCCAGGGCCUGGCACAUGGUCUGCUGCUGACUGACAGUCUCAGCCUGGGAACCUUAGAGGAAACUGGAAGGGCUGGAAGUGUCGCAGCUGGGCAGCUGCUCCCUUAGUAUGCACUGCAAAAGCCAGCGGUGCUGGUGUUCGUGUGUAAUCUCAGCAUUCAAGCAGAGAGGGGGACAAGAGGGUUAGAAGUUCAGGAUCACCCUCUGCUACAUAAUUAAGUUCAAAGCCAGUCUGAGUUAUAUGAGAUCCCAUCUCAAAAGAGAUGCAUGAGGGGCCUAGAAUUCAAAGAGACGUUAAAAAAAAAAGAAAUUGUCCUAAGCAGGUAAGGAAUACUUUACAGAGAUUAAAGGGUAUUUGAUCUAGGGAUGAGUGGGGAACCCUGACCAAGAACCCGAGUCCAGUGGCAGGAACAAAGACCAUAGCCAGGCAAGGCCGGAGGUCUGUGUCUCAUAAGCUGUUUGUGGAAAGCUCCAGGCUGCUGAGGUGUUACAGCUGUGUCAGGUGUCUCCCAGGCAGCACUGACGGUUUGCAUCCCACAAAGCCUAGCGGAGGCUCUAGUCUGUGGAGCAGAGUCUUAGCUGUGCAAUGACAGCGAGGGCCCCCUAAAUCUUGGUCCAUUGAUGCCUUCCUGGGAGUCUACGUGUUUCAGACUGGAUGAUUGGGUUUGGAGUACACAUAAAACACGCUUUAGGACUGAGCCAUUCUGAUGUAACGGUACUGGCUGGCAGGCCCGAUGGCCUGAAUUCAGUCCCCAGGACUCAUGUGCUGCACAGUGAGAGCUCGCUCCUGUAGCUUGUCCUCUGACCUCCACACAAUACACUGCCAGGUGCACACCUACAGAAUUACACCCAGGAAAUGGAAAAGGGACAGUUUGGGGUUAAAGCACUGUGCAGAGGCCCAGGCUGUGAACUUAAAGCACACAUGGAGGGUGACUCACAACUACCCAUGAUUCCAGCUCCAGUGUACACUUAAGGAGGUCUCUUAAUAGGUGCUCUGGGGCAAGGGGCCCUGGAUGUGACUGAGCAGGGGCCCAGAGCACUGCCCCUUCAGCAGAAUAUUGAGGGCUGACUUGUUUCCAUCUAUCAGCCUAAUGUCAUAGCCCAUUCCUAAGGGGGCCAUUUACAGGAGGGACUCCGUGUUCAACGUACAUGCCUGGUAAGAGGUCACAGGUCACAUGAAUUGGUGCUGAAUGUCUUUUUUUCUCCAGCAUGAAUUGGCAAGGCCAUGAAGUCUGGAUACAGGCUCUACAACUUCUGCUCGUGGGUCAGCAGGGGCCUGGGAGGGCAGGCCUGAGGGGCCUGGGGAGGGCAGGCCUAAGGGCAUGGCUCCCACCAGUUGCCUCACCUAUCCCUGGGUUUGGUGGGAUGAUCUACACCCAGUCCUGGGGAGGGUUACUGCUGAGAUGGGCCUCAUUCAAUGUGAGUUUCCAAGUUGGAAUGGCCUGUGGUGAGUUUCAGCCAAGGGGAGGAAGGACUGCCUAGGAAUGGAUGUAUGUUGUGGAAAUGACAAGCAAGCGCGGAAAACCUGGCAUCCUGCCUCUUCCUUUCAGCAGCUGUAAGUCCAUCCGGAUGAGGAUGUGACAUCUGGAGCUGCAGCAGCUAUUCUGCAACCACGUGACAACGAAUUCCAAAAUGAAGAGCCAUGCUCUAGGAACAGUGAAGCAGAGGAUACCCCAGGCCUUCAGGAACGUCCCACCUGCAGGCCUGUUUCCUGAGAGGCCAUCAGAUGAUCGGCUUCAGAAGUGUUGCUCAGCCUUGCAACUGAAUUCAUUUCUAAUGGUGAAAAAUAAAACCAGUCCUUCACACCACCUGUGGAUCAUCAUCGGGAAAAGUAACUUUCUGAGACAGAGUCUCACUGUGUAGCCCGUAGUGGCCUGGAGCUUGCUAUGUAGACCAGGCCGCCCUUUACUCUGUAGACCAGGCUGGCCUCGGAGAUCCGCCUGCCUCUGUCUCCCAAAUGUUAGGAUUAAAAGAGUGCACCACCACACCUAACCUGCAUGUCAUCUCAACAGCUUUAAAGUCUGGCCUGUCACCCAGGUAGGGGUGACAGUGUGUCCCGCUCCUCCCGUACCUCCCUGGCCCCUUUCCCAAGAGGCGCCUGCCUAUGUGUUCUGUGCAGAAUUGUUGGUCAUUUGUGCAUUUUCAUGUAGUCAGGGAGAAAACCUGUUUGCUGCCUCUCAGAGAAAGUUCACAAGAAAUGAAAGACUUUGAAACAAAAA